UCAUCUGCCUCCACUUUUGAGUGAAUUGGCCCAGCCUCAAAAUCCACUCAACAAUCAAUAGAACCAAGUCCCAGCCCAACAUUCGUUCAUUUACAUCCGUUACACUUGAAUGUAGAUCACAGUAUGGAAUAAAUAAGAUGUUGAUAUUUGCAUUUAAUCACAUAUGUUAAUUAAAAUUGAGUUCCUGGAGAAUUGAAAAUGCAUCUCUGUUUUAAUAUGUGAUGACAAACAGUUAUCUGUUUUUGAGUAUGUGCGAUGGGAAUAUGAGUUUGAAUAAGGAGACAUUCUCGUAGUAAUGGGUUAUGCGAAUGUUGGAGGGUGUGAUAACCUCCGAUUAUGAGUCACCGCGAGCGUGUGUGAUGCGCUACAGACUCCCUUCCGCUCCGCUGUCCUGCUGGAGUCUUCAUCAAACACGGAAGAAGCGGAAGAACACAGCGGCAAACGCCAAAGAAUGACCUGGAUACCGCGAUUAUGGAUAUCAACGUCGAUCCGGAUCCACGGAGUCCAGUCCUGUGCGCUCUGUUUCAGCCAGCAGUGAUGUGAGGUGGGCUUACAGCGCUGUUUCUACUGGAUCAGCAAAUACUCUCGGUAUAGGCAGACUGGACGCUCAGUGUCUAAAAUGAUGUCAGGAUUGUUGUCCUGAUGGGAAUACUAUCCUUCUGGAUGUGGCCUUCAAAUGUGAAUUUUCCACAAGAAAGGAACCAAAAAGCAUCCUGAAUUUGUCAAGUUUGUCAAGGAUUGAUUUUGAAUGCCAAGUGCAUUGUGAUUUUCGUCUCUCCUUCACGUGUACAGUCCAUUUAUUCUGUCCGCCUUUCCUUUCUUCCAUUCACCCUGCUGCAAGGUCUGACUCUCUGUUGUGCAGGAGGACGUGGAGGGUCCGACAUGUCUGCCAAGGCUCCCAUAUACCUUAAACGAAGUAGCCGUAAAGGAAAGAAGGAAAAAUUACGUGACAUUCUUUCAUCUGACAUGAUAAGUCCUCCGCUGGGAGACUUCAGACACACCAUCCACAUUGGCAGUGGUGGGGGUGCAGAAGAUCUUUUUGGUGACCUGUCUUUCUUACAAGGUAAAUUUCACCUGUUACCAGGGCAACAAGGUCACCAGGGGUCUUCCCAGCUAAGUCGCACAGCGAGUGUAAGAAAUCCCCCGCCGUCCCGUGAUAACUCGCCGCUCUUAAAAAAUGUGCUGUCUCUUCCUAUCAUUGGAGGGGUGCAGGCGCUCACCCUUCCAGCCCCGAUGGCCACAGCCCCUCUGACUUCAACAGCAAUGGAGACCACUGAGGUCCCAACAACACUGACAAUGGCCCAGUCACCCCCAACAUCUCCAUCUCUCGCUCCACCUCCCAAACCUCCCAGACUGCACCUGGAAGAGAGGAUCGUGUCACGGCAUACAUCACUUCCUGCAUCUCCCAAACGCUCUCCACUUCAUCUGCACACAAAUGUACAAAGUCCAGAUCCUGAGGAAAAUGAGAAAUGUGUGAAGGAUAGGGAUGAGGCAGAGAAGCCAUAUCUGACCAACGCUGGCUCUUUGCUUUCCCUCCAUCUGGACUUGGGGCCAUCGAUCCUAGAAGAUGUGCUUCAGAUCAUGGACAACCAGAGGACAGGGACAUUCAGUGGGGGACUUAAACCUAGUGGACGACAAGAGAUAUAUACCUGAAAGUGAUCAAGAUAUCAGAAUCAAAGCUCGAUGGUGCAUAAAUGGACUAAUCGCAUUUUUUCUUCAUGUAUCAAAACAGUUUGCCUUGUGAAAGAACUCAUUUAUCUGCUGUACAAUUGCAUUUCCUGGAUAUUUUGAAAUUGCAUGCUUCUUAUACAUAUAAUCUUUGAAAAAGACCUUUGGAAGCUACAGGAUUGGAACCAAUAUGAAUUGAAUCGAUCAUUGGAUUUCUCUUUGUUCAUAUAGAUUGUUUUAAUUCAUCUCUGUUCGUUUUGAACUACAAGCAAUACACUAAUUCUGGCUACUCUUAGA